UGACGCGCCGCGGAUGGCGCAGACAGCCAGAAUGGCACCCUCUGGAUCGUGCUGCCCGGGGCAGAGCGCCCCUAUCGCCCCCCUCUUCCUACGCCCCUGAGUGGAAGUAGAGGAAGAGAGAAAGACUGGAUGGAUGUGCAUGUGAAGAUAAGUGUGGGAGAAGAGAGUGAGGGAGCUGAGCCACAUUAGAUGUUGGACAAGCCUUUUUUAAAGUUUUAAUAUGUACAUAAGCAUUCGUUCUUGUCCAUCGAUUGUGGGUGGGGGACAGAAUGGGCAAUCCACAUAAAGCAGACACUGACAUCAUCUUGUAUGCCCUGACAGCAAAAACUAGUGUUUGUUUUUUCCCCUUCUGAAAAUUUAUCUAAACUUGUAUCUUUACAUUUAAUUAGCGUUUGCUAAUUUAUGGCCGGGGGGGGGGGAUUUUGAUUACAUUUGCAUGGAAAGUUGAACCUAAUAGUGCUUUCCAAAAUAAUUUGCAAAGCAAAAUGCAGUCGUCCUUCAAAAUGUAUACUUCAGUGAAUUUGGCAGUGCAGUUCUCUAGCCAAGUGAAGUGUAAAAAAGGCAUAUACAGAAAUACACACAUUAGUAAAAAUAUUUUUAUUAUUACAUUACUAUAGCAUUAUAAUAUUAUUUUAACAUUAUUAUUAUCAUUAUUAUUAAUGAAAUAAUAAUACACAAAUGCUUUAUAUUAAGACUGGAGACAAACAAGUGUGUAUUGGGAUAAAUUUGCACUAAAAUACUGAUGAAUUGAUUUUAUUGAAUUUUCAUGAGAACUUUAAAAAAAAGAACAUUCACAAACUAAUUAGAAUGGUAGAGAACUGAACUGAACUGAAUACUAGAAAAAUAAGAAACUGAGAGAAAUUGAAAUUGUACAUUCACCCGUCUCUAUCGAUAGACUUUCUGGAACACUAGAUGAGGGGGGCUGGUAAGAUAGUCGUUUCAGCUAUCAACCAAGUGUUGCAUAUAUGUAUAAGGAACCAACUUUCGGAACAGUGUUUGGUUGUGUGCAAAUAAGUGUGUGUGUGUGUGUGUGUGUGUGUGUGUGUGUGUGUGUUUGCGUAUGUUAAGGAAUUACGGAAACCCUACAAGCAGGGUGGCUCGAUGAUAGGCAAUUUGAAAAGGCCUGGCUUGUGGCUGUCAAGAUCCCCCUUGGUUGGGGCUCCGAAAGAGCUUUUAGGUUUCGUUUUCUGGCAAGAAGGAAACUAAAGAAAACACUGGUGGAAUGGGGGAUUUUCACGAAGCUGGGUUGAAGAAGGAGCAGAACAGUGGCAUUCUUGUCUAGAAGAACUAAACGGGGACAGUUUUUCCAUAGACCAGCCCUCAAAACUGUGGCCACAUGGAACUUCGGGAUUAUCAGUGGGAAGUCAUUGAUCCUGCCUUGGAGGGCAAAAACAUCAUCAUUUGGCUGCCAACGGGUGCCGGAAAGACUCGGGCAGCUGUGUAUGUGUGUAAGAGGCACUUGGAGGGCCUAGAGAGGAGCAAGGUGGCUGUGUUAGUCAACACGGUGCCUCUAGUGGACCAACACCUGAAUAAUGAGUUUAGCGUCUUGCAGAAUUGCUUCAACAUUACAGCCAUCAGUGGCGACAGCAACCAGAAGCAGUUCUUCUCGGAAGUGGUGAAGAGGAGUGACUUAAUAAUCUGCACAGCACAGAUCCUUCAAAAUGCCCUCGUCAGCCAAGAGGAGGAGAUGCACGUGAACCUGACAGAUUUCACCUUGUUGGUGAUUGACGAGUGCCAUCACACCCACAAAGGAACCAUCUAUAACAAGAUAAUGGAGGGCUACCUCGAACGAAAGCUGAAGGGCGAAAAGAAUUUACCACAGAUCCUGGGGCUUACAGCCUCACUAGGUACGGGUGGAGCCAGCUCCCUGGAGGGAGCCCGGGAACACAUUCUGCAGAUCUGUGCCAACCUGGACACUGAGAGAAUCAUGUCUUCUGAUAAACACAAGUUCUAUAUUGAUACUUAUGGCCCACAACCCAAGAAGCAGUAUAACCUUUCCCAACAAAGGCCUGAGGACCCCUUUGCAGAACAAGUGGUGGAGAUAAUGGCACAGAUAUAUAGUUACCUGAAUGAGGCUGACUUGACUAUGGAUUUUGGUACCCAGAUCUUCGAGCAGCAAAUUGUGGCGCUUGAGAAGGAAGGAGCAAAACGCUUUUGUCAAAAGACCCGAGUGUGUGCCUUGCACCUACGUAAAUACAACGAUGUCCUGAUGGUCAACGACACUGUGCGCAUGAUCGAUGCCUACAAAAUUCUGGAUGAGUUUUACCUGCGGGAAAAUGCUACUAAGAUAUUGCAGAACCCUGCUGAGCAGUACUUGGUCCGGCUCUUUGACAGGUACAAAGGGCACCUUUUGGCCAUUGCUCAAGACAAGGGCUUUGAGAAUCCCAAACUUGAUGAGCUGCAGAAGGUCCUGCGGAAUCAAUUCCAAGAACUGGAGAGCUCACGGGGCAUUGUGUUCACCCGGACACGUCAGUGCGCUCAUUGCCUUCACCAAUGGGUACAGGAGAACCAGGACUUGCGUGAACUCGGGAUCAAGGCUGCUGUGUUGACCGGGGCUGGCUUCAGCAGUCAGACAAAACACAUGACCCAGCAACAGCAGAAAGAAGUCAUCUAUCAGUUCCGCAAAGGGACCCUCAAUCUGCUCUUCUCCACCAGCGUGGCUGAAGAGGGGCUGGACAUCCCCGAGUGUAAUAUCGUUGUCCGCUAUGGACUGAUGACGAACGAGAUUGCCAUGAUGCAGGCAAGGGGCCGUGCCCGUGCCCCGGACAGCACCUGCUGUGUUUUGGCCAAGGCCAACAGCAAGGAAGUCGCCCGUGAGAAGCUCAAUGAGACCCUGGAGGUCCUGAUGGAGAAAGCGAUUGUGUGGGUACAGCAGCUGCAGUUGCAACAGCCUCAACGGGAAUACUGCCUGAAGAUUGAAAAGCUUCAGCGUGAUGCUGUUGUCGGCCGCUGGCUGCGGGAUGCUGAACGCGAGCAACGCCGCCGCCUGCACGAUCCAGACUCUGUGCUCCUCUACUGCAUCAACUGCAACGUGGCAGUCUGCCAUGCCAGCGACCUGCGCAUAAUAGAGAAUACACACCACAUAAACAUCAACCCCGACUUCAGUCCAUACUACAGAGCAUCACAUAGCCGUGUGAUGAUUCCUCGUGAGUUUAGGGACUGGAAGCCAGGCAGCUCCAUCAGCUGCAGUAAUUGUGGGCAGGAAUGGGGCAUGGAAAUGAUCUACCGGGAAGUCAAACUCCCAAUGCUUGCCAUCAGGCAUUUUGUGGUGGAAACUCCAGACGGCCGAAGGACCUACAAGCAGUGGAGCAAAGUUACCUUUGACAUCAAAGAGUUUGACUACUUUGAAUACUGUACUACCAAUGGCUUGCUGGACAGCUAAGACAUGGGGGGGGGAAGUGAAAAAUGAACUCGUGCCCUCUAAUAUACCCAAUGUUUUGCAUCCAUAGGACAUAAUGUCAAUAAUCAUAAUGUCAUAAUGUCAAAUUAAUGCAUAACUCCUUUGGGAAAACACCAGAAGCUGGAAGAUGAAAGUUGGGGGAAUUCUCAGGAACAUUUCACGAAAAAGCACAGGUGAUUAGGGUGGGAAGAGAAACUUCACAGCCACUGACAAGUCUUUAUCGACCUGAAGUGGUUGUCUGGUUCUCUAAAACAAGAGGCUGGUCUGAAAAAAUGCCUUAUACGAGUGAUGUCAAACUUGCAAUUAAAAUAUAUAUUUUAGGGAGGGCUGGAUUCUAUGAAGGAAGUCUGUCUGUCUGUAGGAUGUGUUUGUGUGUCUUUUGCUGUAAAAUAUUCCAUAUCCCUCAUGCAGUCUGCUGUAUAUUGUCACUCUUAUCAAUCACUGCUUGGUGUUUUUAAAUUGGAUCUUGCAGGGGCUGAUCUAUAACCUGGAAGCCCACUAGAUUUGUAAUUCUACUGAGAUAGUCUAUAAAAUAACCAAUAUUAAGUGACACUAUAUAGAACGUGUCAUUUUAUUCCCCUAUCUAUUCCUUAAGUGUGUCAUCCUUGCUUUAUAAAUCACCUGCAUUUAAUUCCUCAACGUCACCAACAAGACUGACCACACUGGUGAUGACAAAAUAAUUUUAAGCCUAGUAUGACAUUGGGAUGUAGACUGAUCUUCUCCAGUUCUCUGGCCACUCCUGAGUUUUCCAAACUUGCUGGCAUAUUGAGUGUAGCAC